AUGACCGCUGAAUUUUCUCAGGAGAAUUCGGAAUUCUCCUGUCCGGAUUUCGAUGCCAACUUAUACGCCUCAAAGAUGGUUUGCGCCAAUAAAGUUUCGGAGGCACUUAUUUUGGUCAAUGAGAAAAUCAAAAGGUGA